AUGUAAAUUUACGUAUAGAUAAUUUUCUAUUGUGAGUGUAUGAGAGAAAUAGGCAUAUUGAUCGACCAGUUUACAAACUUGAGUAGUUUUUAAUCAAACAAUCGGUUGAUAUUUUGUGACCGGUUUUAUAUUUUGACUAAUUUGUAUGGGAAUGGAUAGUGGUGCAUCGGAAUUCGUCAAGAUGGAAACACCAAUGUCAAAUGAUAGUGAAAAACUGUUCUCAAAUCAAAUACACUCAGAUUUUGGAUACUACUUUAAUGAUGGAAAAAGAAAAAUUGAUUAUGUUUUGGUUUGGGAUGAACCAGUUAAUGAAAAUAUAAUCAAUAAAGUGAAAAAAAUCAAUAGUAUUUAUCGAAAGACAUUUGAAGAUAAUUUGCAAACAAUUGGAGUACAAAUUGAGAAAGAGGAUGUCAAGAGCGAAAGCUUGAUGACUCAUUAUUUGAAGCUGCAUAUUCCUUGGGACUUAAUGUGCCAUCAUGCUGAGUGUCUAAACCUACGGGCUCCUCUUGAAGUACAAAACACUAAAAUGAAGAACUGGUCUGAGAUUCUUUUGAAAACAAUUGGGAUUCCAUCUAUAAUGGCGCAAAAUGUUCCGAAUCCUCCACCUGAAUAUUAUACUUGUCCGUUUAAGAAAAGUAAACUAGAAAAAUUCAUUGGACAUGAUAAUCAAGAAUCAUAUUUCACCCCUACUCAAAGACAUCAGGUAGCAUAUGAUAUUUUAGCUACUCAAGCAUAUGGGAGUCGUGAAAAGGCACAAGUUGGAAUUGAUCGUCUUAUACAAGAAGAGGUUUACAAUGCUGCGUACGCGAUUCAUGAGGGUCCAUAUGAAGUAGAUGAAGAGGAUUUAAAAAAUCCAGAAAAACUGAAUCCACGUCAAAUUUUAUAUUGGUAUUGGGCAAGAUGGGGUUGUUGGUAUAAAUAUCAACCUCUGGAUCAUAUCAGAAAUUACUUUGGUGAAAAAAUUGGUUUCUAUUUCGCUUGGCUUGGUUUAUACACUGCAUGGUUAUUACCAGCUGCAUUGGUCGGAAUCUUUGUUUUCAUAUAUGGACUUGUAACUAUAAAUGAUUAUGUUCCUGUGAGAGAAGCUUGUGAACGAGACACAGUUAUGUGUCCAACUUGUGAUAUCAGCCAUGGGUGUCGAUAUUGGAAUUUACGAGAGCUAUGUUUCUACUUGAAAAUGUCCUACUUAUUCGAUCAUCCCGGUUCAGUAUUUUACGCUAUUUUUAUGGUAAUUUGGGGUGUUACGUUUUUAGAGUAUUGGAAACGUAAAAAUGCUAAAUUAGCUCAUCGAUGGGAUGUACUGGAUUAUGAAAUAGAAGAAGAACGACCGCGUCCACAAUACUCUGCCCACUGUACACAAUAUGCAAAAAAUCCCAUUACGGAUGUUCUUGAACCAUAUUUUCCUCCUCGUGCUCGUGUUGCUCGUAUUAUUGCUGGAUUGAUAUGUGUCAUGGUGAUGGUUAUGUUGGUAUUGGUGUUCAUAGUAGCUGUAAUUAUUUAUCGGUUUUUAAUAAAAAUUCCAUUAUUUCAAAAUAAACUACUUCGUUCCAAUGCAGAAAUAUACGCAACACUUUCAGCAGCUAUUGUAAAUCUUAUUCUGAUUAUGUGUUUGGGGAAAGUGUAUGAAACAUUAGCUUACAAAAUGACUCAAUGGGAGAUGCAUCGAACUCAAAGUGAAUUUGACAACCAGCUGAUUUUUAAAGUUUUUUUAUUUCAAUUUGUGAAUUUCUAUUCAUCCAUAUUCUAUGUAGCAUUUUUCAAAGGACAAAUGGUUGGUUAUCCUGGUCAUUACACAUCCUUUUUCGGCCUACGUAACGAAGCAUGUGAUAAUGGUGGUUGUUUGAUUGAAUUAGCCCAACAAUUACUUGUUAUAAUGGUUGGAAAACAAAUCAUUAGUAAUUGUCAAGAAAUUCUGCUUCCUAAACUACGUGCUUGGUUCCAUAAAUACCGAAAGGGAUUAAAUAAGAGGAAUGUUGCUUCAACUAGUGAUCUGAGCUCAGCGCAUAUAUUUAUUGAAGACUAUAAAUUAAUACCAUAUGAAGGACUAUUUGAUGAAUAUCUUGAAAUGGUUCUUCAAUUCGGAUUCAUUACAAUCUUUGUGGCUGCCUUUCCAUUAGCUCCAUUCUUUGCAUUACUUAACAAUUGGAUUGAAAUUCGUUUAGAUGCCAAAAAAUUAGUAUGUGAAACACGCAGACCACUGGCGGAACGGGCACAAAAUAUAGGCGUUUGGUUUAGAAUUUUAGAGUUUCUUGUUCGAUUGGCUGUAAUUUCAAAUGCCUUCAUCAUUGCAUUCAGGUCAAGUUUUCUCCCUGAACUCAUGUAUAAACAUGAAGUUAGAAGUGAUUUAGUAGGAUUUACUAAUUUUACUCUAGCGUGGGCUCCUCCGAAUACUACAUCACAACCAUGCAGGUAUAAAGCUUUUCGGGAUAAUAAUGGUGAAUAUUCGAUGUUUUUCUGGAGACUUUUGGCUCUCCGUCUGGCGUUCGUAAUCGUUUUUGAGGUAACUGUAUAAAUAUGUAUAUGAGAGCUACCAAAAUAUUGUCUAUUUCACAUAAACAUGGAAUUUGUAAUAGAAUAUUGCAGCAUGGUGAAUAGAUUUUUGUUAAGCAGUUUGCUAAAUUAGUCUGUUCAUUUGGUAGAUGAAUAUAAUAGGUAAGGCAACUUCGCUUAAGUGACAUAACACAAUUUCCAGUGUUCGUAUUCUUAUUCAUGUGCACUAGUGAUUUGUAUGUAGUGUUUUGAAUUUCUCGUUACAGUACAUGUUACAAGACAUUUUUCAUAAAACAACAACAGGUUCCUUCAAUUUAGAUAAACACAGUGAACUUAUCUGAGUCAUCGUAUUCCCUAUUGCUAACCUCGUAGUGUAUUCGCGGCGUUACUCAAUCACUCUUGUAACCGCUAUUACAUACAUUUCGACGGCGUUUCAAAUCAGAAGGCAAUGACAAGCCGCAACUUUAGUUUUAUUAGCGGCAAGCGAAGAUCACAAAGCACAGAGGCGAAUAUGUAUGUACGAGCCAAUUCAUAGGCAAAUUAAUUUAUAGUCAGAUCAUAUAAGGGCACAGCAAGCAAAGCAAAGUACAAUGAUAGGAUUUGAGUACAUAUAUACAUGGGGAGGAGGAUGAAUCAUCGAGUGAUGAUAUUUAAGCGAUCAACAUUUUAGCAAGUGUCUCUCAUGUGAUCUAGUGAUCACAACAGAAUCAAGAAAUAUGCGAAUUGCCACUGUUCAAAUAACAUUGUCUGUUAAAUAAGUUAAUAAAAGGCCUCAACCAAUACUGACCAUGAUCGAAAUUGUUUGUAGGACAGUUACUGUGAUCCGAUAUAAUAGAAGUAUGGUUGGUUUUGUGCAAUUUCUGUAAAUAAAAAACUCCAAAUUUUCUUCCCGAGAAUAUUAGGAAUAUUUUUUCUUACAACAAAGCACUAUUUCUUUUAAUGUUGAAUUAUUUUGGUUCCACGAUUAAAAAUGUACUGAGCAACCAUUCAACUAUGUAAGAAUGUAACAACCAGAUAAAAUGGAAACGUUUUGCCUCAAUCACAAUAGGUUUUGUUCAAUGAACAAACUAGUCGAAAAUCCACACAUUUGUUUAACAUUCAGUUUUGUUCACAUUGAGUGAAUAUUCUUUAUCCAAAUGUUUCUGUUACAAAAUUGUCCAUUUAAAUAAAAACAUAAUCGGGACUUUUGUCUUCUCAGGUUCUUUGAAUGCAUCUCACAAAUAAUUGCUGUCUUGAUUCUAUCGGUUGUUCUAAUUUGGCACAACAAGUGAUCAGGAUAAUCACAAAGGAAACUAAAUAACAUUCUCUAACACUAAUCACUCUGAUUACAUACAUUUCACUUAAUUUACUUUGAUCUUAGUAGAUAAUCGAUUUCAUUAAUGAUGACGUAUUUAAUUUUCUAGCAUGUGGCAUUUGUUUUGGCGAACGCUCUUGACUUCUUCAUCCCAGAUGUUCCAAGUAGUUUGAAAGAACGUAUUCAACGAGAACGAUUCCUGGCAAAGCAAGCCCUUUUGGAUAUUAGUUUGGUAAAUUCACCUAUCAUCGAAACUAUAUAUUCUAUUCAUCAUCGUUAUGUUCAUACAAACAAAUCAUUAUUACACGUUCCGCAUCCUUAAGCUCUGGGGUUGCUAGUUAGAUCAAGAGCAGUGACAGAUGUGUCGCUUAGGAUAAGAUCGAUUGAUAUUAGUAUAGCAUGGACUCAUAUCAUCAGAGCUAAAGUGGGUAGGUUUAUGAUGAGGUCACACUGAGUAAAUAUCAAUCUGUUUAUUCUCAGACUGCAGCUCACCGAUUCAUUAAAUUAAUAACUAUAUCAUAUUCAGAUUCAAUGAAAAAGUUCUAUAUGGUCUGGAGCGUCAACAGUUGAAAUUUCCGUCCUGAUUUAUAAGUCAGCGUAUUUUGUUAAGUGGAAAUGCAUCAUAAUUUUACCAAUCUUUCUACAAGUCUAGACUUUUAAUUGUUUAUUUAAUUCACCAAUAAAUUUGUUUUUUAGUACUUUUUACUCAUAGCUUAUUCACAUAAAUUUUUCUUUGUUUCUAAAUUCCAUUUAUUAGAUGUCGAGUAAGUGAACCUUGAUUGUUAUGCAAAAAUAGGGAUAGGUGAUGAUAGAAAAGAGAUAAAUGAAUUUUUUAGUAAAAACAUGUAGUUAGUGUUCAAUAUUUGGUAUUUAAGCUACUCAAACAAAUUACAGUUUCCUCUAAACCAACAUUUUAGAGGAUUGUUUAGAUCGAUUUAUUUCGUUUAGUAAUUCUUCCCAAUGAACCAACAACAAUAGCCUUUAUGAAUCUAAACAACUAGCAAGGAAACAGGUUCGAAACUGAGAUUUUAUUAUGAAGUCAUUCAAAAGACAGCUUAUAGCUAUAUAGAUGCGGAAUCUCACUAACUUACUUCAAGAUAUCGCGUGGUAUGAAUUUCUUUGAUAUUUUCAUUAACUACAGUAAAGGAUUAGUGAAAGAAACACUCAUUUCACUAUUUGAUAUUGUAUCAAAUAUACACACUUUUCAAAGAAUUUCAAGUUAAAUGUCAACUCAGAUAGUUAAAAAAUGAUUUGUUGUUAAGGUCCUUGAAAUUUCUUUCCAAACUACUACGUUUCCUACUCUUGUUUUUUAUUGUUAUAGGAAUCAAGACAACCGGAAACUAAAAAGGAUUUAAGUGAAUGAUAAAUUAAUAAACAACCAUUUGACAAAGUGGCCGAAAAGUUUAUUUAAAAAAAAAAGAAAACAAUAUUUAUAAAAUAUCUUCAAUUUUGUCAUAAAAAUGUCGUGGUUUAUUAUCUUCCUUAGUUUUUGAAAGAUCUAUACAAAAGUAUGUCAAUCCGUCUCAAAUAAAUUUCAUAUUUUUGUGAUAACCUUUUCAACCAGAACGUGAUAUCUAUUUUCUGUUGAAGAGAUACAAAAAUCAAUUUAUAGAUUGUAAAUUUGUGUAUAUCAGAUAUUUACAAGUUUAUUGCAAUAUUCAUCUAUUAUUUGUAAAUUUAAUGACAUUACUGUAUUUUAUCUGAAGAUAAUAUUGUUAAUUAAUUGGUUUACUAAUAAUGGAAUAACUAUAAACUAUCAGGAUAAUGUAUCGCUCUUUAUCACUUCUUUGUAUAUUAAAUUAUGUAACUGACGAUUCAGUACUGUUAGACAGCAAGCUGAAUAGUUUUCACUGGUAUGAUGCUAGAAGUAAAAGGGACUCCUC